AUUUGAGUCACUUUCUAAUUGUUGCCUCAAUUUGGUUAGUUAAAAAUGGAGAAUAAUUGGUCAAGACACAGGAGGAAUUCUCUGACGCCGGUGAAGCAAAGGAGGAGUGGAUAUGAGCCAUCUGAUGCCGAGACAGACAUCCUAGAUAGCCCGUGGCAUGACGGAAACAAAUGGCCUAAUGGAGGAUAUGAAUCUGAAGGGGCAAAACCAGAGUUGGAUUUGGGAAGAAAGAUCAGCCCUUUGAGGCAGAGCAGGAGAAACUCUUCCUGGAUUGAAUACGACGGCCCUACUCCAAGAACUACCUCCGUGGUAAGCCCAGUUCGAAGAAGAACCAGCAGCAAGUCGCCCUACAAGCCUGGAAGAGGUGACAGCAAUGCUCGAACUUUGCCAAUGGCGGGUUCUGAUAUUCGUAGGAACAUCAGCCCCUUGGGAAAAUCCGAGCGCAGGAGACAUGUUUCACCUUUUCAAGCAGGCCAAGAAGAGCCCGAUUUGAACAACAAUGGUGAUCAGAUUGUAGACUCAAACAGAAACCAACAUCAUCAAAGAAUGAACAGCAGAAGAUCAGCAGCUGCUCUGCGGCAUAGAUCACCGAGAGAAACUGACCAGCAAAGCAAUCGUUCAAUCACACCUACGAAAGGGGAGAGAACACCCUCACCAUUGUCCAAAAGCAUGGCUCAUCAGAAGCAAAGGCAAGUGAGCACGCCAUUCGUCAGCGAAAUCAAUGAACUGCUUGCUCAUGCAAAGCUUGGUAGAACUUCUCCAGAUCCCAUCUUGAAUAACGAAGCUGCUCCGAUUUACGAAACCUCAGUUUCUAUUGCACCAGGUGACAUCUUUUUCUCUGGAGAAUGCAAUGUCGUGGCAUUACCUCAAAAUCACUUACAAAAACCGAAAAUGGUUUCCUCUGCCGCCUCACAACAGAGAAGUACUAAUCGAUCAAAUGGUAACCUCGGUCACGAUGUCAAUGCCCACGGACUUUCAUCUCUGUAUGGUUUGUCGCAGACAACCACCACCACUUCCAGCUCUGCGGUGAGCAGGCAGAGCAGCAGGAGGCUGAGCAUGGCUAGCAGCAAGAGGAGUGAUGCAAGCAGUACAACAACCGCCAGCAUGAGGAAGUUCACGGAUAAUAGGAGGAAGAGCGAAAGUCAGGCAUGGUUUUCGUGUAUGAGAAAGAGUUCUUGCAAGAACAAAAAAUUAUCACCUGAGCGUAGCACGUUCAAUGAAGCUGCAUUCAUUGAGAAGGCGUUCGUGGUAGAGAGUCUCAGGCAGUUGUGGGCUGAUAAGCAUAGACCUACUUCGUUGAAUGGAUUCACUUGCCACAAACAAGAAGCUCAAGUUCUCAAGCAACUUGUGAUUGAUAACGUCAGUCCACAUAUUUUGUUUACCGGACCAACUGGUUCUGGGAAGAAAGCUCUAACAAUGGCGUAUCUACGAGAAAUUUACGGUGAUGCGAGUUGGGAAGAACAAGGGACAACGCAACUGGUGGUUCCAUUGACAUCCAGCCCUCACCAUGUGGAGCUCAAUGUACAGUUGGAACCAAAUGCCAGAUAUGCCCUAAUGGGUUUGGUCAGAGAAAUAAACAAUGACAAUGAACUUGCUCCUGAAGUCAGCUCUAUAAAUUUAAAGGCAAAUCAUAAAGUGAUGGUUCUUUAUGGUGUUGACAAAGCAGAGCACAUUCAGCACUUGAUCAAAUGGAUCAUGGACUGUUACUCGGAUGCAUGUAAGCUCAUACUUUGCUGUGAAAAUGACUCCGGCGUCAUUGAAUCGGUGAAAAACCGGUGCAAAGUCAUCAAGGUUGAUGCUCCUGUGACUCACGAAAUCAUGGAAGUUCUUAUUCAGAUAGCCAUGAAGGAGGAAUUUGACCUACCUAUGAGCUUUGCCAAUAAGAUUGCAAAUAAAUCAAAGCAGAAUUUGAGAAAAGCAAUCAUGGGUCUUGAAGCAUGCAAAGCACAUAACUAUCCUUUUGGAGAAGAACAACCAAUUCCACUUGGAUGGGAAGAGGUGGUGCAAGAACUUGCUUCCGAAAUCCUAGCUGAUCCGUCUCCUAAGAGACUAUUUUUCAUCCGGGGAAAGUUUCAAAAACUUCUUAUAGAUUUUGUACAUCCGAAACUGAUUCUACUGAAGCUUGUGGAACAGUUCCUAAAGGGAGUAGACGCUAGUUCAAAGAGGGAACUCUAUUACUGGCAUGCUUAUUAUGAGAAAAGACUCCCAGCAGGAGCGAGUGCGUUACUGAAACUAGAAGAAUUUGUGGCCAAGUUCAUGAGCAUAUGCCGGAAGAGUUCCAACAACCGGCAGUAUGUGUAGUUUAUAUACUCUCGUUGAGAGUUGAGAGUUGAUCGUUUCUUUCCGUCUAUGUAUAGGGUUUUAUAAAGAUUGUGUCACGGCAGUCUAAUACUCGGAAAAAGAGAACGAGACAGAGACAGACAGCUGAAGCUUUUUUCCUAGGGUCAAGAUGAUCACAAAGAUUUAGAUAUAGCACAA